CGCCCUGCCCGGAGCUCAGGCGGGGUGCGCUUCAGUCGGGAAGCCGGGUAAGAGUUGGAAUCUCUGAGAGAAUACCCACUGGCUGCCUUUCCCAGCAUUCAAGGCCGCACCAUGCUCAUCCUUCGAAGUGGUCUGACUAAGGCCCUGGCCGCGCGGACACACGCGCCUCAGGUAUGCUCAUCUUUUGCUACAGGCCCCAGGCAGUAUGAUGGAACAUUCUAUGAAUUUCGUACCUAUUGCCUUAAACCCUCAAAGAUGAAUGAAUUCCUGAAAAAUUUUACAGAACAUAUUCAUCUUCGUACAGCUCACUCUGAAUUGAUUGGAUACUGGAGUGUAGACUUUGGAGGCAGAAUGAACAAAGUGUUCGGUAUUUGGAAGUAUGAUAAUUUUGCACAUCGAACUGAAGUUCGCAAAGCCUUGGCCAAGGAUAAGAAAUGGCAGGAACAAUUUCUCAUUCCAAAUUUGCCUUUGAUGGAUAAACAAGAGAGUGAGAUUACUUAUCUGGUACCAUGGUGCAAACUGCAAAAACCUCCAAAAGAAGGAGUCUAUGAAUUGGUUAUUUUUCAGAUGAAACCAGGUGGGCCAGCUCUGUGGGGUGAAGCAUUUCAAAAGGCAGUUAAUGCUCAUGUAAGUCUAGGCUAUUCAAAACUAGUUGGAGUUUUCCACACAGACUAUGGAGCACUCAAUCGAGUUCAUGUGCUUUGGUGGAACGAGACUGCAGAUAGUCGUGCAGCUGGCAGACACCGGGCACACGAGGAUCCCAGAGUGGUGGCCGCCGUUCGGGAAAGUGUCAAUUACCUAGUGUCUCAGCAGAAUAUGCUUCUGAUUCCUACAUCAUUUUCACCAUUGAAAUAGUUUUCCACUGAAAUCUGAAGCAUUUCAUUAACUGCCAUAAGAUGUGCCUGCUAAUGGUGUUAAAAAUCUCCCAAGAGAGUCUCUCUUUUAUGUGAAGGAGGUGAUAAGUUAAUUUGCAGCAUCUUGGAAUUUUUAAAGCCACUUCUGUCCUUUGCCACUACCACCUCAGGAAAUUGUUCUGUUCAUUUUCCUCAGGGCAUUAAGUAUCUAUUAUACAUUAGGAAUAGUUGCCACAAUUUCAUUAUUAUGAUUUUACAUUUGUUUCAGAAUAGCUCUUAUUCUCUGUUUUGACAAUAUAGCAUUUUUCUUUGCUUUGUAGCAUUUUCUUAUAUUCAAAUGAAAAUUUUACAGUUCUGUGCCUGACAGUUUUUUAAAAUUAUUUAUGUAUAAAACCUGUCUUUUCAUCAUGUCUCUUUAAUUAAGACUUAAAAAUAUUUUGUCCUGUAAGGUUGUUUUUGGAUAUUACAUUGAAUUCAUAAAAAUACUAGAUCAAAUAUCUAAUAUGGGACAGUACCAUCAUC